UAUUGCAGCCAUGGGCCAAGUCAUGGGCGUAGAGGUGGAGCAGAGCAGGAUGGAGGCUGCCAGCCUGGUGGGACGGGCGACGCGGGGAGGCGGUCACGAGUCCGACGAAGGAGCGACCGCAGUUGCCAUCGACGAUGCGCAGAUGGCCGAGACGUCCGCGCUGGCCGCCUGCUCGCCGGACAAAGGCUGUCCCGUGCUGGUCGACGGUAGAGGACGCGGCGACGACGACGAAGACUACGACGACGGAGACCGGAGCCCCUUCGAUGACGUCGACCUGCGCGACAGCAGUCCCGAGGACGUGGCGGCCCACGUUCGAGCCCUGCGCGGCAGCUUCGAGGAUCCGCGUUUCUGUUCUGGCUGGGAUGCCAGCAGGAGCCCUCUGGCGUCUCCCGUGCUGUCGCGAAAGAAGCCUCGCAUCGUCCUGGUGCCCACGCACUCGAGCGGCAGUCUACAGGCAAGGGCCAGCGGUGGUUCCAGCGCCGUGCGCGGCCUCCAGCAAGCGAUAUGGCGGCAGCAAACGCUGUGGACGUCGCUGACCGUGACCGCUGUCGUCACCAUGGUAGUGGGCGCAGCGGUCGCGCUGGCCAUAACCACGGCGAAAAGCAACCGGCGCUCGCUGGCGCUGAUGCGCGCGCUGCGCCAUUGGGAGACCAUGGGCGAGGCACUGGAUCCCUACUACGUCCGCUGGUUCAAGCGGUCCACUUACAUAUUCCGCAUGGUGGUCGGCUAUUCGGCGCCCCUCUUCUGCGUACCGCUCAUCAAAGUCGGCGACAAGAGUCUUCGCUGCCUCUACGUGCUUAUAGUGACGUACGAGCAGCUGCUGUUCGGCACCGUGCACCCAGGCGUCGCCAGCUUAAUACCGUUCGUGUAUCUACCGUUGCUCGAGAUAGACACCAUGUCUGAAGUCUGCAACAAUUAUUUCACGGAGCUGUUCUUCACGUGCCUCGGGCAGUUGGCGUACACUGCGGCCAUGACGACGAGCGGUUUGUGCCACCGGCUCGCUCUCUGGUCGCUGCGACACAUGGCAUACGGCAUCGAGCUCGGCAUAUUCACCCUGAUGGCCGUCUCCAUGGCCAUCUCCUUCUGGGUGGACAACGCGAUCGCCACAAUGACCACGGUGUCCGUGGUCAACGAUACGUUCGGAAUCAUACAGCGGAACACUUACAUACGCAUGACGCAGGACUCUUCCUUCCGGGAGCUGAACAUGACAUCAAGCAAUAGCGGAGAAGACAACAUCCCUAUCACUGAAGAGUUAGCUGACGAAUUCACGAAGUUGGACCGUAUGCGGCAAACCACUCUGAUUGGCGUCGGCUUUUGUGCGACGCUAGGUGGAAUGGGCUUACUCUCGGGUCACGUGAUCAACUACUACCUCCUCGGCUACAUCAGAGAGUUGAGUAACGUAUGCCGUAAACAACGGUCGCGCCUCGUCGUGCGCCAUGUUCUUCCAGAAAAUUUUGUUCUGGCACUACGGGUGGCAUCGAGAUACCGAGAGCAUAUCGACGAAGACCUAAAGAAGGCCAUCAACGAGCAAGUUGAGGCACUGGGCCCACUAAAGCUGCACGAAGGUGGCGUACUCUUGAACUACAUCCUGUUAAAUGCGCUUCUCUUCUUGGGCAACAGGUUCACGCACGAACUCAGCAAGCGUUCCGGCGUCGUCUUCACGCACAGCGCCCUCUGGGUUGGCUUCACCAUCGUGCUGUUCAUAUUCCCGUCCGAGUCGUUGACGCAAUGCGACCGUGGCCACCGGCUGCUCACGUGGGCCGAGCUGAACAACGACAUGCCCUGGUAUACUCUGCUGCUCGCAAACACGUGCGUGCUGCUGAGCACCUACUUUCGAACAACCGGCCUGCAGCAGUUGACGAGGGACGAAGUGUACGAACACUCGCUGCCCAAGCCACUCUAUGUGCAAAUCGUAAUUUCGAUCGUCACGUCGGUCAUGUGCGAGCUCUGCCAGAACACGGUCGUGGUUGCCAUCUUCGCACCAUACGUUACGCACCUGGCCGUUCCUGGAUUGAUCAUCAAGCUUUUGGGAAUUGUUUUAAGCCUCAUAUCCAUCAACACAUCGGGCUACAACCUGUUCAACAUGGGUGCGCCGCCGUUGCGUUUACCUCAUGACAUCUUGGACGGUACCUAG